UUUCCUGGUGCUGGAGCCGAGGCAAUGAGCAGUCAGGAGGUGCUGGGCCAGGCUGCUCGGCUGGCCUCCUCCGGGCUCCUCCUGCAGGUGUUGUUUCGAUUGAUCACCUUUGUCUUAAAUGCAUUUAUUCUUCGCUUCCUAUCGAAGGAAAUUGUUGGCGUAGUGAAUGUAAGACUAACGCUGCUUUACUCGACCACUGUCUUUCUGGCCAGAGAGGCCUUCCGCAGAGCUUGUCUGAGUGGGGGUGCCCAGCGGGACUGGAGCCAGACCCUCAACCUCCUGUGGCUAACAGUCCCAUUAGGUGUGUUUUGGUCCUUAUUCCUGGGCUGGAUCUGGUUGCAGCUGCUUGAAGUGCCUGAUCCUGAUGUGGUGCCCCACUAUGGAGCUGGAGUGGUGUUGUUUGGCCUCUCAGCAGUGGUGGAGCUGCUCGGGGAGCCCUUGUGGGUGCUGGCACAGGCACAUAUGUUCGUCAGGCUCAAGGUGACAGCUGAGAGCCUGUCAGUGAUCUUCAGGAGUAUUCUCAUAGCUUUGCUUGUGCUGUGGUUGCCUCACUUGGGACUGUAUAUCUUCUCUUUGGCCCAGCUUUUUUAUACUUCAGUUUUGGUGCUUUGCUAUGUUUUUUAUUUCACAAAGUUACUGAGUUCCCCAGAACCUAUCAAGCAACAAACUCUUCCUAUCUCCAGCAUAACAGAUCUGUUACCCAGUGUUACAGGAAGCAAAGCUUUUGUAAAUUGGAAAGAGGCUAAAUUGACUUGGAGUUUUUUCAAACAGUCUUUCUUGAAACAAAUAUUGACAGAAGGUGAGCGAUAUGUGAUGACAUUUUUUAACAUAUUAAAUUUUGGUGACCAAGGUGUAUAUGAUAUAGUCAAUAAUCUUGGGUCCCUUGUAGCCAGGUUAAUUUUCCAGCCAAUAGAGGAAAGUUUUUAUUUAUUCUUUGCUAAAGUGCUGGAGAGGGAAAAGGAUGCCACACUUCAGAAGCAGGAGGACGUCGCCGUUGCUGCUACAGUGUUGGAGUCUCUGCUCAAGCUGGCCCUGCUGACCGGCCUGACCAUCACUAUCUUUGGCUUUGCCUAUUCUCAGCUGGCUCUGGAUAUCUAUGGAGGGGCCAUGCUUAGCUUGGGAUCAGGUCCCGUUUUGCUGCGUUCCUAUUGUGUCUAUGUCCUCCUGCUUGCCAUCAACGGAGUAACCGAGUGUUUCGUGUUUGCUGCCAUGAGUAAAGAGGAGGUUGACAGGUACAAUUUCACGAUGCUAGCACUGUCAUUCUCAUUCCUGGUGUUGUCCUAUCUCCUGACCCACUGGUGUGGCAGCGUGGGCUUCAUUUUGGCCAAUUGCUUUAACAUGGGCAUUCGGAUCACACAGAGCCUUUGUUUCAUCCACCGCUACUACCAAGGAAGCCCACAUAGGCCCCUGGCUGGCCUGCGCCUGUCGCCUGUUCUCCUUGGGGUAUUUGCCCUUGCUGGUGGGAUCACCGGUAUUUCAGAGGUAUUCCUCUGCUGUGAGCAAGGCUGGCCUGCCAGGCUAGCACACGUUGCUGUGGGCGCCCUGUGCUUAGGAGUGACUCUGGGGACGGUGUUCCUCACAGAAACCAAGCUCAUCCACUUCUUGAGGACUCAGCUGGGUGUGUCCAGACUUGCUGACAAGAUGACCUGACCAUGGAGGUGCCUUGGUACCUGGACCAGUUGGGCGGUUCUUGGGCAUGACACAUUGCUGUGCAGAAGCCCAGCUGGAGUCUGCAGGGGAGUGGGCUGCCCCGGAGGUGAGAACCAUGGAUGAAAGCUGACCAAGGAGUUACAUUUUUAAGUGAAGAACAAAAAGCCCUCUUAGAAUUUUUUUUUUUUUUUUUAAUGUAUUUGGUACAGGGUCUCACUACACAGAUCAGACUCAGUGAUCCUCCUA